AUGGUCCCCCGCUCCCAGGACCCGGCUGGUGCUGAAGCUCGGUGUGGCCAGCCUGCUGGACAUAUGGUGCCAGCCCCUAGGAGAUCACAAAGUGGUCCUUGUCUCCCAGGGGCUGGCGGUCUUGGUGGGUGCCCAGCAGGCUGGCUGAGCAGCCGGGUCCGGGAGAUCAUUAAAGUGGUCCCCCGCUCCCAGGACCCGGCUGCUCCUAAAGCUUGGUGUGGCCAGCCUGCUGGACAUAUGGUGCCAGCCCCUGGGAGAUCACAAAGUGGUCCUUGUCUCCCAGGGGCUGGCGAGGUCUUGGUUAAUGGACAUGCUCAGCAGGCUGGCCGAACAGCCGGCUCCUGGGAGAUCAUGAAAUGGUCCCCCGCUCCCAGGAGCCGGCUGGUAUUGAAGCUUGGUGUCGCCAGCCUGCUGAGCAUGUCUCGGGAACAACCGCAAACCCUAGGCGAUGAGCCCUUUAUAUCAUCUCCUGUGGGCUGGCAGCAUGCCACAAGAGCCACCACCUGUGCCUUCGGCGGACUGACCAUGCUACUUUGCAACAACACGCCUGCUUCUGGGAGCGGGGGACCAUUUCAUGAUCUCCCAGAAGGUGGCUAUUGCUGA